AUGGAUUUUAUGAGGGAUAUUAUCCACUAUAACUCUCCCAUUUGUUCAGUUGGACCGGGAAUUGCCAAUGGUAGUAAUUUCGACGCGCUCCUUAUGGAACAACCUAAUCAAGUGUUCAGUUCCCCAUCUGGAUCGGCCUUCAUGCAUGAUCGUACACAGCUCCAUGGGGACACUGGGGAGCUACCUGGGUGGCAUGUAGUUCCAAGUAGCCACCCCUAUCAAGAGAAACCGAAUGAUCACUAUAUGGAGUUCCCUGCCAGCUGUGCUCCUAGUUCGCUCGAAAAUGCGAGUGAGAGUCACAUGGGGAUAGCUGAUACCUUCUUCGAGUCAUUAACCACAAUGGUAGAUAUGGAGGGAGCAGGUGGCUUACAUACUCCAUCAGUUUCUUCACAUUCAUUGGACUGCCAUUCUUUAACUCGGGAAACGGGGAGCUCGAUUGUCCUAGAUAAAAGUGAGCAAGCUGACGAAGAGGACGGAGGUGAAUAUGACGACGACCACAACGAAGAGGCCGCAAUUGAGAAGAAUGAAGCAUUUCUUAUCAAUAGUUCGUACCACGACCCAUCUAUGCCUUCCAUUGAAGAGAUCCUUGGAACGGUUUCAAAGGAAAAUCGGAAAAGUACAAUGAUUUUGCAGCAUAUGCAGUCGGAUCAGGUCGGGCAGGUGUUGGAAUUUCUUUUUUCCUCAAAUUCAUCUGUAGAUGUUAAGAUAAUUAGCGAGAAUUAA